AUGCCUCGCGAGAAGCUCAAAUGCGUAUCCAUCGUCUGCGGUAUCGGGCCGCCCGACAUUGGCAUGAGCGGAGCCGGAUGGUUCCACUGGAUCGGUUUCAACUACGGAUGGCGCUACGUCCCUCGAGUCGCCGGAUGGUUCUUCCAUCAGCAAGGGCGCUUUCAUCUUUCGGACGAGGAGAGACUCGAACGACAGCUCCAAGACGCGGAGAAGAAGAAGGCAACGUUCCCAAUGCAAGAAGCGGAGAUCUGGACGGACAGAGAAAUUGUGGGUCGAAUGGUCAUGGCAAGUCGACAGUACUAUGCUCAGGGGAUUGAUGGCGUGUCCAAUGAUGGUCACCUUAUUGGUACCGAGUUUGGAUUUCGUGUUGAGGACAUUCGGUCUGAUUUGCCUGUGCGGCUCUGGUAUGAUUGCCAAGCGGUUGGGAAGUAA